CACUGAUAAGUGGCACUGAUAGGCAGCACUGAUGGGCACUGAUAGGCGGCACUGACUGGCACUGAUAGACAGCACUGACUGGCGACACUGAAAGGCAGCUCAGAUGGGCACUGAUAUGUGGCAUUGAUGUGGCACUGAUGGGCACUGGCAGGUGGCAUGGAUGAGCACUGCGAGCUGGCACUGAUGGACACUGACAGGUGGCGCUGCUGGGGUUACACAGAUCAUCAGGGCACACUGAUGAUCACUGUCAGCGUGACAGCUCAUGGGGAGAGAAAUGCCAAUAACCAGCUUUUUCCUGUU